AUGUGUGACGAAGAUAAGGAAUAUAUAAGAAGAGCGGAGGAAGGACUGCAGUUAGAAAAGAAUCGCUUACGUCUUGGUGAGGAGUAUUUUGCGCUAAAGGAGAAAAUUAAGGCUGACAGGGUUCGGCUCCGAACUGAAUUAUCUAGUCUAGUGGAUCUCUACGAAUGCCAAGUGGAGGUGGCUGAGUCGGCGCUGGAUCGUUUGAAUCGAGCGAAGAUAGGGUACUUUGGGUUAUGUAGCCACGAUGAACCUUUAGCGGCUCGAAAAAGGUUAUUCAAUAUCAUGCGUGAUAUUGAAUCCGUUCGAAAUAUGGCGGAUGGGAUCACGAAGGUCAUGGAGGAACUUACAGAGGAAUAUAAGACGUGGAGACGCGGACUGUAA